UCCGCCACUGUACGUGGCUUUGUUGGGGGACGAGAGACAGAGACACUUCCCGCCCCCGUCUGAAUUUUUGCUUUCGGUUUUACGCCGAAGCCGCGCCGCGCGUCUGACUUGUUUGUUGUUCUUUUGUUCUUCGUUAGUUUUCUUCUGUCUUUAAGUGUUUUCGAGAUCAUGGGACAGACCGUAACUACCCCUCUGAGUUUAACCUUGCAGCACUGGGGAGAUGUCCAGCGCAUUGCAUCCAACCAGUCUGUGGAUGUCAGGAAGAGGCGCUGGAUUACCUUCUGUUCCGCUGAAUGGCCAACUUUCAAUGUGGGAUGGCCUCAGGAUGGUACUUUCAAUUUAAGUAUUAUCUCUCAGGUUAAGUCUAGAGUGUUUUGUCCUGGUCCCCACGGACACCCGGAUCAGGUCCCAUAUAUCGUCACCUGGGAGGCACUUGCCUAUGACCCCCCUCCGUGGGUCAAACCGUUUGUGUCUCCUAAACUUCCUCCCUUGCCGACAGCUCCCGUCCUCCCGCCCGGUCCUUCUGCGCAACCUCCGUCCCGAUCUGCCCUUUACCCUGCCCUUACCCCCUCUAUAAAGUCCAAACCUCCUAAGCCCCAGGUUCUCCCUGAUAGCGGCGGACCCCUCAUUGACCUUCUCACAGAGGACCCCCCGCCGUACAGAGCACAACCCUCCUCCUCUGCCAGGGAGAACGACGAAGAAGAGGCGGCCACCACCUCCGAGGUUUCCCCCCCUUCUCCCAUGGUGUCUCGACUGCGGGGAAGGAGAGACCCUCCCGCAGUGGACUCCACCACCUCCCAGGCAUUUCCACUCCGCAUGGGGGGAGAUGGCCAGCUUCAGUAUUGGCCGUUUUCCUCUUCGGAUUUAUACAAUUGGAAAAAUAAUAACCCUUCCUUUUCUGAAGAUCCAGCUCACUUACAGGCCCUCCAAGCAGUACAACGAGAGGUCUGGAAGCCACUGGCCGCUGCCUAUCAGGACCAGCUGGACCAGCCAGUGAUACCACACCCCUUCCGUGUCGGCGACACCGUGUGGGUACGCCGGCACCAGACUAAGAACUUGGAACCUCGCUGGAAAGGACCCUACACCGUCCUGCUGACCACCCCCACCGCUCUCAAAGUAGACGGCAUCGCUGCGUGGAUCCACGCCGCUCACGUAAAAGCGGCGACAACCCCUCCGGCCGGAACAGCAUCAGGACCGACAUAGAAGGUCCAGCGUUCUCAAAACCCCUUAAAGAUAAGAUUAACCCGUGGGGCCCCCUAAUAGUCCUGGGGAUCUUAAUAAGGGCAGGAGUAUCAGUACAACAUGACAGCCCUCAUCAGGUCUUCAAUGUUACUUGGAGAGUUACCAACUUAAUGACAGGACAAACAGCUAAUGCUACCUCCCUCCUGGGGACAAUGACCGAUGCCUUUCCUAAACUGUACUUUGACUUGUGCGAUUUAAUAGGGGACGACUGGGAUGAGACUGGACUCGGGUGUCGCACUCCCGGGGGAAGAAAAAGGGCAAGAACAUUUGACUUCUAUGUUUGCCCCGGGCAUACUGUACCAACAGGGUGUGGAGGGCCGAGAGAGGGCUACUGUGGCAAAUGGGGCUGUGAGACCACUGGACAGGCAUACUGGAAGCCAUCAUCAUCAUGGGACCUAAUUUCCCUUAAGCGAGGAAACACCCCUCGGAAUCAGGGCCCCUGUUAUGAUUCCUCAGCGGUCUCCAGUGACAUCAAGGGCGCCACACCGGGGGGUCGAUGCAAUCCCCUAGUCCUGGAAUUCACUGACGCGGGCAAAAAGGCCAGCUGGGAUGGCCCCAAAGUAUGGGGACUAAGACUGUACCGAUCCACAGGGACCGACCCGGUGACCCGGUUCUCUUUGACCCGCCAGGUCCUCAAUAUAGGGCCCCGCGUCCCCAUUGGGCCUAAUCCCGUGAUCACUGACCAGUUACCCCCCUCCCGACCCGUGCAGAUCAUGCUCCCCAGGCCUCCUCAGCCUCCUCCUCCAGGCGCAGCCUCUAUAGUCCCUGAGACUGCCCCACCUUCUCAACAACCUGGGACGGGAGACAGGCUGCUAAACCUGGUAGAUGGAGCCUACCAAGCUCUCAACCUCACCAGUCCUGACAAAACCCAAGAGUGCUGGUUGUGUCUGGUAGCGGGACCCCCCUACUACGAAGGGGUUGCCGUCCUAGGUACUUAUUCCAACCAUACCUCUGCCCCAGCUAACUGCUCCGUGGCCUCCCAACACAAGCUGACCCUGUCCGAAGUGACCGGACAGGGACUCUGCGUAGGAGCAGUUCCCAAAACCCAUCAGGCCCUGUGUAAUACCACCCAGAAGACGAGCAACGGGUCCUACUAUCUGGCUGCUCCCGCCGGGACCAUUUGGGCUUGCAACACCGGGCUCACUCCCUGCCUAUCUACCACUGUACUCGACCUCACCACCGAUUACUGUGUCCUGGUUGAGCUCUGGCCAAAGGUGACCUACCACUCCCCUGGUUAUGUUUAUGGCCAGUUUGAGAGAAAAACCAGAUAUAAAAGAGAGCCGGUGUCAUUAACUCUGGCCCUGCUGUUGGGAGGACUUACUAUGGGCGGCAUAGCUGCAGGAGUAGGAACCGGGACUACAGCCCUAGUGGCCACCAAACAAUUCGAGCAGCUCCAGGCAGCCAUACAUACAGACCUUGGGGCUUUAAAAAAGUCAGUCAGUGCCCUAAAAAAGUCUCUGACCUCGUUGUCUGAGGUGGUCCUACAGAACCGGAGGGGAUUAGAUCUACUGUUCCUAAAAGAAGGAGGAUUAUGUGCUGCCCUAAAAGAAGAAUGCUGUUUCUACGCGGACCACACUGGCGUAGUAAGAGAUAGCAUGGCAAAGCUAAGAGAAAGGUUGAACCAGAGACAAAAAUUGUUCAAAUCAGGACAAGGGUGGUUUGAGGGACUGUUUAACAGGUCCCCAUGGUUCACGACCUUAAUAUCCACCAUUAUGGGCCCCUUGAUAAUACUUUUAUUAAUCCUACUCUUCGGACCCUGUAUUCUCAACCGCUUGGUCCAGUUUGUAAAAGACAGAAUUUCGGUAGUGCAGGCCCUAGUUUUGACCCAACAGUAUCACCAACUCAAAUCAAUAGAUCCAGAAGAAGUGGAAUCACGUGAAUAAAAGAUUUUAUUCAGUUUCCAGAAAGAGGGGGGAAUGAAAGACCCCACCAUCAGGCUUAGCAAGCUAGCUGCAGUAACGCCAUUUUGCAAGGCAUGAAAAAGUACCAGAGCUGAGUUCUCAAAAGUUACAAGAAAGUUCAGUUAAAGAUUAACAGUUAAAGAUUAAGGCUGAAUAAUACUGGGACAGGGGCCAAAUAUCGGUGGUCAAGCACCUGGGCCCCGGCUCAGGGCCAAGAACAGAUGGCUCUCAGACGUCAGUGUUAGCAGAACUAGCUUCACUGAUUUAAAAAAAUAGAGGUGCACAGUGCUCUGGCCACUCCUUGAACCUGUGUGUCUGCCAAUGUUCUGACCAGGUGUGUGCCCAUUGUUGAACCUUCAUUAGACCCUUUCCUCGUACCCCUCCCAUACCCAUUUCUUAAAAAUAGACAUUGUUUAGAACUAAAAAGUCCCACCUCAGUUUCCCCAAAUGACCGAGAAAUACCCCAAGCCUUAUUCGAACUAACCAACCAGCUCGCUUCUCGCUUCUGUAACCGCGCUUUUUGCUCCCCAGCCCCAGCCCUAUAAAAAGGGUAAAAACUCCACACUCGGCGCGCCAGUCCUCCGAUAGACUGCGUCGCCCGGGUACCCGUGUUCCCAAUAAAGCCUCUUGCUGUUUGCAUCCGAAUCGUGGUCUCGCUGGUCCUUGAGAGGGUCUCCUCAGAUUGAUUGACUACCCACGUCGGGGGUCUUUCA